GACCGAGAAGCCCGCGUGGGAGAGGGACGCGGGGCGCCGGGCCUCGCCCUCGGACUCCCUCCCUUCUCUUCCUCUCCCCGCCUCCCCGACCCGCCCCUCCCUCGCCGAGGAGCAGUCUCUCCGCGCGUCUCCCGGCGCUCUCUCCAUUGUCUCUGCCUUUACAACAGAGGGAGACGAUGGACUGAGCAGAUCGGCACCAUGGAGUCUCGGGUCUUACUGAGAACGUUCUGUUUGCUCUUCGGUCUCGGAGCAGUUUGGGGUCUUGGUGUGGACCCCUCCCUGCAGAUUGACGUCUUAACGGAGUUAGAACUUGGGGAGUCCACGAUCGGAGUGCGCCAGGUCCCCGGUCUGCACAAUGGGACGAAAGCCUUUCUCUUUCAAGAUACUCCCAGAAGUAUAAAAGCCUCCACUGCUACAGCGGAACAGUUUUUUCAGAAGCUGAGAAAUAAACAUGAGUUUACUAUUCUGGUGACCCUAAAACAGACCCAUUUAAAUUCCGGAGUGAUCCUCUCCAUUCACCAUUUGGAUCACAGGUACCUGGAACUGGAAAGCAGUGGCCAUCGGAAUGAAGUCAGACUUCACUACCGCUCCGGCAGCCACCACCCUCACACGGAAGUGUUUCCUUACAUUUUGGCUGAUGAUAAGUGGCACAAGCUCUCCCUGGCCAUCAGUGCCUCCCACUUGAUUUUACAUGUCGAUUGUAAUAAAAUAUAUGAAAGAGUUGUGGAAAAGCCUUCCACGGACUUGCCCCUGGGCACUUCAUUUUGGCUGGGACAGAGAAAUAAUGCGCAUGGAUAUUUUAAGGGCAUAAUGCAAGAUGUGCAACUACUUGUCAUGCCCCAAGGAUUUAUUGCUCAGUGCCCAGAUCUCAAUCGCACCUGCCCAACGUGCAAUGACUUUCACGGACUCGUGCAGAAAAUCAUGGAACUGCAGGACAUUUUAGCCAAGACAUCAGCCAAGCUGUCUCGAGCCGAGCAGCGAAUGAAUAGAUUGGACCAGUGCUACUGUGAAAGGACUUGCACCAUGAAGGGAACCACCUACCGAGAAUUCGAGUUGUGGACAGACGGCUGUAAGAACUGCACAUGCCUGAAUGGAACCAUCCAGUGUGAAACUCUGAUUUGCCCAAAUCCUGACUGCCCCCUCAAGUCGGCUCUCGCAUACGUGGAUGGCAAGUGCUGUAAGGAAUGCAAAUCCAUAUGCCAAUUUCAAGGACGGACAUACUUUGAAGGAGAAAGAAAUACAGUCUAUUCCUCUUCUGGAGUAUGUGUUCUCUAUGAGUGUAAGGACCAGAGCAUGAAGCUGGUUGAGAGUUCAGGCUGUCCUGCUCUGGACUGUCCAGAGUCACAUCAGAUUACCUUGUCUCAUAGCUGUUGCAAAGUCUGUAAAGGUAAGAUUUUUUGGAAA